GACCCGUCGCACCAAACUUCCAAACCGAUAAAGUAAAUUUAUAUACGCUCUCUCUCUCUCGUUGAGUUGCCGUUGUCUCACUCAAUCUUCCAACUCUGAUUAACACCGUUCUCUUCGACUUCUAGAGAGAGAGAGAGAGAGAGGAAAAGGGGGUCUCCGUUUUUGCUCUGAUCCUCUCUCUUUCUUCCCCAAAAUUGAGUUCAUCUAUCGACGAAUUUGAGUUUUUCCGAUUCCCAAUCGGUAAAUCGGAGGUUUAAUAAGACAACGAUGUUUGGAUUUGAGUGUUGUUGCGGCGACAAAGACGGUGAAUUCUACCCUCUAUUGCCGGAAGAAACGAAACCCUUCUGUCUUCCUUCACCGCUUCCCCAAUGGCCCGAAGGUCAAGGUUUUGCUACUGGAAGAAUAAGCCUAGGAGAAUUGGAAGUCGCAAUAGUGAAAGAUUUUGAGUUUAUAGCGAGUUACACCCCCAAGAAAUCAAAAACCGGCGUCACAUUCUAUAAACCGGUGUCAAUCCCCGAAGGAUUCUUCACCUUCGGUUACCACUGUCAACUAACCGAUAAACAACUUCGAGGCCAUGUUAUUGUUGCUCGAGAUACCCAAAAUACAGCAGUAACAGACGCCGAAUUUCCUCCACUAAAAUCGCCUCUUGGUUACGACCUUAUCUGGAGUUCAAAUUCUGUUUACGUGUGGAAACCGGUUCCUCCCGAAGGUUAUCGAGCUUUGGGAUUCGUGGUCACCAUUGAUGAAGAUGAGCCCGAUCUUGAAGAAGUCCGAUGCGUUCGAGACGAUCUUACUGAGGAUUGCUUAAUCGAUGAUGUCAUACUUGGGAGCUCUUCUGAUCUUCGAGUUUGGAACACGAAAGCGAUCAAAACAGGGAUGUUCUGUAAAGGUGUUACAGUCGGAACGUUUUUCUGUAGCACGGAUUCGGUUAACAAUGACGAUAUAAACAUCUGUUGUUUGAGAAACAUGGAUCCGAAGCUUGAAGGGAUGCCGAAUUUGGAUCAAGUCAAGGCGCUCAUUGACCACUAUGGCCCUACUGUUUACUUCCAUCCCGACGAGCUAUAUCUGCCGUCAUCGGUGCCGUGGUUCUUUGAAAACGGUGCACUUCUGUUCAAAAAAGGGAAAUCUGACGGGAGAUCAAUCGAUAGCGGAGGGUCAAACUUGCCUCAAGGCGGGAAGAACGACGGUGAGUUCUGGUUAGAUUUGCCGGAGGAUGAAAACGACGAUACCUUUGUCAAAAACGGGAAUCUCGAAAGUGCAGAGCUUUACGUUCAUGUGAAACCUGCUUUAGGUGGGACUUUUACUGAUAUCGCGAUGUGGAUUUUUUGCCCGUUUAAUGGGCCGGUUACUUUUACAAUCGAGCUGUUGAAUUUGAACAUCGAGAUGAAUAAGGUCGGCGAACAUGUCGGCGAUUGGGAGCAUUAUACCCUCCGGAUAAGCAACUUCGACGGCGAACUUGGGAGCGUGUACUUUUCCGAGCAUAGCGGCGGCGAAUGGGUUGACGCUAGUGAGCUGGAGUUCAUCGAGGGGAAUAAACCGAUUGUUUACUCUUCGAAAUGCGGGCAUGCGAGUUUUCCGAACGCCGGGACAUAUAUUCAGGGAUCCACGAAGCUUGGGAUCGGAGUGAAGAAUGACGUUGACAAGAGUGAUUGGUUUAUUGAUUCGAGCAAAAAGUAUCAGAUUAUAGCGGCGGAGUACCUUGGCGGCGUUGUGGAGGAGCCAGAUUGGUUACAGUAUAUGAGGGAAUGGGGGCCGACGGUGUUGUAUGAUGGGCGGUCGGAGCUUGAGAAGAUUAUACGUCACCUUCCGUUUUUCAUCCGGUUGACGGUGGAGACGCUGAUUGAUUUUUUUCCGAUGGAACUUUAUGGGGAAGAAGGGCCCACAGGGCCUAAGGAGAAGGACAACUGGUAUGGAGAUGAAAGAUGUUAGACGCGACACGUGGUUACAUGCAUUGAUGGUUGUAUGUUUGUGUACAAUGGUUAAUGCUUGGAGAGUGAGGGUGUGUUUAUCUCCAUGAAUUGAAUUGUGUUUGCAUGAAUGUGUGGUACAAUGCAACAAUAGUUGAUUAUGGACGAUAAUGAUAUAUUGUUGUAAAAUAGACAUUUUUGUUAUUUUUAUCUUAUUUAACUGUAUAUAUGAACCUGAUGAUUUACUUAUUGCAUAUGUGUAUUGCUAUAUGUUCAGCAAUUUAA